UGCCGGACACUGAGGUCCGUAUUGGCUGCUCUUCUUUCACAAGGUUCCCAAAGAACUCAGAGUUGGAAUAUUGGGUUACAGUGUGGCAAAAUGGCGACUGUCAUUCAGAAUCCGCUGAAAGCGCUCGGGGACCAGUUCUACAGGGAGGCCAUUGAGCACUGUCGCAGCUACAAUGCCCGCUUGUGUGCGGAGCGCAGCGUACGCAUGCCCUUCCUGGACUCUCAGACGGGCGUAGCUCAGAACAACUGUUACAUCUGGAUGGAGAAGCGGCACCGGGGGCCAGGGUUGGCAGCAGGUCAGAUGUACACGUACCCUGCACGUUGCUGGAGAAAGAAGAGGCGACUUCACCAGCCACUUGACCCCCAGCUUCGCCUUUGUGAACUUCGACUCGAGGCUGAGCUGAUGGCCAAGAAAGAAGCCCCAGCGACGGAGGCCACGGCCCUGGAGGCACUGUUACGAGGUGAUGGGAUCUUGGACAAGAGGAACAAUAACUCCAAAGAGGAAGAGACACUACUGGAAAUCCAGAGGGUGCUUGAGGCAGAUGAAAAUGGGGAUGGUUUCCAUGACGAUGAAGAUUUUGAAGUGGACACACCAAAGAGGAAGCAUCGAAACAAAGGCAGGGGUCGAGGCUCUGGGCGCAGGCGAACAGAAGCAGUGGCCAACGACGAUCAGGAUAAACCCUAUGUGUGUGACAACAGAUACAAACAAAAGCAUAACUCAAAAACUGCUGACUCAGUUUGCGGGAAGCGUUACAAAAACCGCCCUGGACUAAGCUACCAUUACACCCAUACUCACCUUGCUGAAGAGGAGGGUGAGGAAGAACGAGAAGCUGAAAUCCCCCAAUCUCCUCCUGUCCACCACGAGAAUCACAAACCACAGAAAGGGCCUGAUGGCACGAUCAUCCCUAAUGACUACUGUGACUUCUGUCUGGGAGACUCAGGCUCUAACAGGAAGACAGGCCAUGCUGAGGAGCUGGUUUCCUGUUCAGACUGCGGCCGCUCUGCUGAUCGCGUCGGUGGGACCAGGGCGAAGAGGAGGACGGGCGGACUUCUGGACAUGUUCGGCGACACGUCAGAAAGCGAGGCAUCCACCUUUCACGGCUUUGAGGAGGACGACCUGGACGGGCUUCUGUCCGACGACAGCACAGGCUCACCUCAGUACAGAUAGACAAAGGAGAAGCCCAAGAAAACAGCAUCAGAGAAACUUUUGGCAUGUGUCUGCUGCCUGUUUUUUUUUUCUUUUUCCUUUUUUCCUGUUGUUUUGCAGCAGCAUGCAUAACGGAUUCACAACUCCAGACACAAUGUCAACUUCAGGAAUUGCUUUCAAAGGACAAUUUGCAGCCUUUUAUAAAUUAAGGAAUGUUGUUUUUAUUGCUUCACACUUCUGUAUACUGAGAGGUGCUAGUUAUCGGAGGAGCCAUUACUUCUGGACUGUUAGUUUUCCGUCUUGGAAAAUUCCAGGGAUGUGUGGAUUACACUUCGCCAUGUAAGAUAAAUUGCCUACUGUGUGGAAAUUUACUUUAGAAAUAGAAAUGAAAGAAUUUCAAACCUCACGGAGGAGAAAAUACUCAACAUGUAUCUGUAGGUCAGAUAGUGAAGAGGGUUUUUUUCUUCCUACCUCUGGAUAAAUACAAUAUUUGCAAAGAAAGGGAUCACGAGAAGGCAGAGUAUGGGCUGAGGCCAGGCCCUGAUUGGAUCCAGAUGGAAGGGAGGACAGUUUGCAGAGGUAAGAGCCAGUUGGCAUUUCAAUGUCCAUCUCUCCUCCUUUCUCAGGACAGCUACAAGAACAAGAACGAAAAAUGACAAUGAAAUUUGAAUUCCCAUGUUUGCUGGAGGAUACAUGCAACUUGGCCUCUCCCUAGUUUUGUUGAGUAAGAAGAAGAAAUAGGACUCGUAUUUUUGGAGUAACUUCCCUUUACUAUUCAGGAAACUCUCCUUAAAUGACAGGUACAAGAAGGGGUACAAUUGUAGCGUAUGUGCAAUGAUUCUCAUGAAGGCUUUGUUUUGCAAAUAAAAUCUGGACCAUUCACCUCUGUUAACAGAUCCAGCUCUGAGGAUUUGUCUGACUGUGUAUGUGUAAAUGCAAAUAAUAAUAAUACACUGGAUUUCAAGCACAUAAGCUUCCUACGUUCAAUAGGAAAAUGCAGUAAAUGUGAACUAGAAAACAGAAUACAUGCAAUAAAAGGCACAAUACACAUUAGCCACAGGGACGUCACCCAGUUAAUAUGGGGAUAUUUCAGUGUAUCCAUUUUGUAUGAACAAAAUUAGCUAUAUUUGCUCUUUAAAGCUCUUCUAUUUAUUGUUAUGGUGAACUCAUGUGUCACUUUUCAAUUGAAACUGUUCCGUAUUAAUGCUUUCGAUCUUGUCUCUAUUUCAGGGCGUUCAUUUUUUGAAAACGUUAAUAUCAUUUAUUAAGAUAUUGUAUAAUGUAUAUAUGCCCACAAACUGUUGCAGGCUAAACCCAUUGUUCUAUAACAGUUCCUGAUGAUAUUUCUCCCAGUGUUUUGAUGUCUAAACUUUGAGGAAAUGUUUCAAUGUUUAACAUUCAAAUUUUAGUUCAUUUAAUACUAAGCCAAAGGGCAACAUGGCUAGAGAUGAUGCUUGUAACUGCUUCUGUGUCAUAAAGACCUGUGGCACAAACACACAGAACACACUUCAUGCAACCUGUCAUCCAUGCUGUGGCCGCUGCUGAGUCCUGUUACUCCAAAUGUCAGCCUGCAAGUCUUUCACUGGAUUUUGUUACUGAAAAACAUUAAACAUUUUACAUUUUAUGAA